GUCACUUUAGAAAACUUUUGCUCCUGCUCUGUUCUGCUGGACUCCACUCUUGAAAGUCCUUCACUUCAGUUUUUUUUUUUUUACUUUCUCCACCGACAGACGCGCAGUUUCCCACCAGCGCGGGCACAAUGAGCGCGUCUUUCAGAUCAACAGACUUCAGGGGAGAGGUCUGCUCUCUAUAGGGCUCUGUUGUUUGCUCCGUGACCUGCAAGUUCAGCCACACAUAAAACACAUCGCCACCAUGGAUCUUGGCAACGAUGUAGAUCUGUCCAAUAACAACAUCACGCCUCUGUGGAAGCCACGCACCGACAUUUCUAGAAGCUCCCUGGACUCAAGCAGAUCUAAGACGCGACCCCUCAGUUAUCACAUAAAUGGGGUCACGAGAACAGAUUACCCUGUGGAAGUCAACAACAGCUCCUUCACUUUGAGUCAGCCAGCUGAGAAACUCGCCAUCCCUCCCCAGCCUUUUGGCAAAAACACAUCAACGAUAAAGCACAUUUUACACAAGCCCUCAAAGAAAACCCGAGUGGUUCGGAGUAUAAGCAUUGGACACUUCACCAGUGGGCGUUUCUCACUGUCCAAAUUUAGGUCUGAGCCAAACAAAAGCGCUUCACUGGACAACAGAUUGUGCAAUGGGGACAGUGAGCGAGGGAAAACCAGUAAUGGACAAGCUGCACGGUCUGACAAGCAUCAUUUGGACAACAGGAGACAAACCCCAAGUCCUCUCAGUCUCCGCUUACAGAAAGACCAGAAUAAGUUCGGGACAAACCCGCCUUCAUCCGAAGCGGUUUUUCACAACUGUUCCACGCCCGCGAACAACAAUCACUAUGAACAGUCUUCAUGGUCAUCCUCGUCCAGCUCCUCAUCUCCAUCGGGGGGAACCCUCACUCCCUCCGACAGCUCCACUUCAAGCAUCCCCUCACUCAUGUCCUUAACCUCCUCAGACCCUCCCACCCCCCGCUCCCCAUCGCCAGCAGACAGAGGGCACUCACUACUCAGACAGUCCUGGACAUCCUCACAGGACACCCUGCUUGCCUCAUCGUCCUCUACCUCCCCAUCACCAUCGCUUUCCCCAACUACCUCACCGUUGCCCACCAUCGUCCUGAGCACCAACAGUCCCGCCGCCCUGAAGAUGGGCACCCAGCAGCUCAUCCCCAAAGGCUUGGUGUCGGAAACUCGACAGAACAAGGCAUGUUCUAAUGGAAGCCAGGGUUUGGUCAGGCAGGGGUUGGAGCACUCCAAACGAGGUCUGAAAGCUCUCAGCAUGGUGGAGACCGGAGGCUACUUUUCUACUGGAGGGGGCCACAAUGAAGAAACAGAUGGAAGUGAAAGCCCUGGGACCCUGAGGAGAGGUUUGAGGAGCACAUCUUAUAAGAGGGCAGUGGUGAGCAGAGAUGAAUCGGAGGCCCCUUUGGUGGAUCCAAAGAACCAGCCGUUGUUCCAGCCUGACCUACGAGGGCUUGUUUUGGAUAGUCCAGAUUCACCUGUCAGCCCAUCAAGUCCUGGCACCAUGACUCCUAUGAACUCUGGGACACUAAAACUUCCCAGCCCCCGGAUUUCAAGGCCUUCUAGUCCUCGAACGGAAAAACUUAAAAGCAACAAAAAAAACAAGACUCUAGAUAAGAGGAAAGUCUUGUCAAGUCAGCGAACAUUUGACAGGGAAGAAGAGGAACUUUACCAAAAUUACCAAGAGAAGGCGCUACAUAACGACUCAGACGAGGACGCCGAUUCCAGAGGACCCAAACCUGAUGAUGGCAUCGUGGUGCAGUACAGACCCUUGCGUGCCUCCUGGAGCCAGCUCAGUGUGGUCAAGAAAAGUGGCCUCUUAGAUCAUCUGAGGCCGGAGGAACGCAAACGACAGGAGGCCAUCUUUGAGGUCAUCUCUUCGGAGCACUCCUACCUCCACAGUUUGGAGAUUCUCAUCCGCAUGUUCAAGAACUCGGCGGAGCUCAGUGAGGCUAUGACCAAGACCGAGCACCACCACCUGUUUUCCAACAUCUCAGACGUCUGUGAGGCCAGCAAAAAGUUCUUUACCGAGCUGGAGGAAAGACACCAACACAACAUAGUCAUCGAUGACAUCAGUGACAUCAUUUGCAGGCACGCUGAGUCCAACUUUGAUCCGUACGUUACGUACUGCUCUAACGAGGUCUAUCAGCAAAGAACGCUGCAGAAGUUAAUCUCCAAGAAUCCAUCUUUUAAGGAGGUGCUAACCAGGAUCGAGGGCCACCCAGACUGCAGAAAUCUCCCCAUGAUCUCGUUCCUCAUCCUGCCCAUGCAGAGGAUCACUCGUCUGCCUCUGCUCAUGGAUACAAUCUGCCAGAAGACGCCUAAAGACUCAGCACGAUAUGAAGAGUGCAAGAAGGCCUUGCAGGCAGUUAGCAAGGUGGUACGAAAGUGCAACGAAGGAGCUCGCACUAUGGAGAGAACAGAAAUGAUGUACACCAUCAACUCUCAGCUGGAGUUCAAAAUAAAGCCUUUCCCCCUGGUCUCAUCCUCCAGGUGGAUGAUAAAGAGAGGUGAGUUGACUACUUUUGUGGAGGACAGCAGCCUCUUCUUGAAGCGAACGUCACGCCAGCAGGUCUAUUUCCUCCUCUUCAACGACGUGCUCAUCGUCACCAGAAAAAAAAGUGAGGACAGUUACACUGUGAUCGACUAUGCUCUGAGGGACCAGAUCCAAGUGAAUACCUGUCAGUCCGAAGACCACAACCUGUCUCCGGUCAAAAGCCCCACCAGCAUGCUGGGCUCUCGCCAAGCUGGUGCCAACCAUCUCUUCCGACUGCGUUUCAGCAGCAACCACUCAAAUUCAAAGGUGCUCAUGGUCCUUGGAACAGAGCUGCUAAAUGAGCGCGCUCGCUGGAUCAGUGCUCUGGGCCAGAAUGUCAACAAGAAGAAGAGUCAUGAUAGAACCAACAUCAUCCAGGUGGAGGUGAUCAGAACCUACACAGCGAAGCAGCCGGAUGAGAUGUCUCUGCAGGUGGCUGAUGUGGUUCUGGUGUCGCAGCAUGUGGACAGCUGGUAUGAAGGCGAGCGGCUGCGUGACGGAGAGUGGGGAUGGUUUCCAGCCGAGUGCGCCGAACAGAUCACGUGCCAGGCCACAAUCGAGCGCAACAUGCAGAGGAUGGAUCGCCUGCAGGGGCUGGAGACGAACGUGUGACGAGACAAUCGGCUUGACAAAUGGUUUUUCCAGGCUGAUGGCGACCUUUUGACACUCCAGUGGCCAUGUUUUUUUAUUUUUAAGAAAUGAACUCUGACAUGAGUUCAACAGUGGCCUGCCUUCAAAAAUCCAGCUGUUAGCCAGAUACCUGCUCAGCAACUAAACACCAGUCAGUUUCAGACUUUUUAGCGCCAACUCAGAGAGGAACAACAAUUUUCUUAAUUAGUGUGUGGGUCUGUGUGAAAAAGGGAUAUGUCACUUCACACCCCACAGCAAAAGCCAAAGUUUUAACACCCUGCUACAUCACGACUGUCGGCGUGAAAUUUUGUAAAUGACUUUUUUCUAAGCAUUCUUCACAAAUGAUGUGCAGCCUAAUGAGGACGGCUGCUCUGUGGGAGGUAAAGUAGACCAAUUAGUGAGAAUUCAGCAGCAGCCUCGUUAACGAGGGUCGAGGGCCACGUGACGAGAAGCGUCACCAGCAACACCGAGAUGUUGGUUGUACAAGUGAUAAGGCCAGACUGGCAGCUCUUCAACAGAGUGAUUCUGAUUAUGUAACACUGUUUAUAAUUGAUUGGACAAUUAUUACAAAUGAUGGUCGUCAGGGACAAGCGAUCAAUCCUGAAACGAGAAGGGCCGAGUAUCCAACUUGUCUAUUGUCAACACUUAAUGCCACCGCCAUGAAUCAGACUUGGGCAUCUCAAGUAUCGUUAUUCUCUCUGUGACUGGAAUGGCCAGAAAUCACACUCUUGAUGCCAGCGCACACUUUAAAAACACGUGAUUUACAAAAAAAAAAAAAGUGUCUGCUGAUGCUGAGAGCAGGACAGACGGGCGACCUCGCCUGGACCUGCUUUUAAUGCAAUUGUCCAGCGUGAGUCAUCUUUUUUUUUAAGUGAUGCCCAGCUAAAUGAAAUAAAUGGCUCGACCAGAGGAUGAUGAUAACACAAUCUAUCAAGCCCACAGCUCUGGAACCAAACCAGACGACAACCACAGAUGAUUCCAAAACACACAAACCGAGGUUUGGCACAAAACGAGACUAGAAUCUCAGCUUUGCAUCUGCUCUCA